CUGAGGGGAAGCGGCGUUGAAACUUCACGGUUACACAAGUAAACCGGAGUCUCUUGGGUGAAGAAGGGGGUCUCGGCUCAUCAUCAUGACGGAAAGCUCCACGAGUAAACUGUUAAAUGGAGAUAGUUGUCACCGAACCGCUAACGGAAAGAAGACAGCUAGAAACGGCUUCGUAAAGAACCACUGUCUCUUCCAACAACAGCAGCAGCUGCAAAAGUACCGCCGCACGAAGGAGAAGAGCCAACAUGUCUCCCGAAACGCUGCGCUGUACAACAAGCCCUUCGUGGAGUCCUUUGAGGAGACUCCUCUCCUGGUCGCCGUCCUCACUUACAUGGGCUACGGGAUCCUCACCAUUUUCGGAUACCUGCGUGACUUCCUCAGGCAGUGGAAAAUCGAGAAGUGCCACAUUGCCAGGGAACGCGAGGAGCAGAAGGACUUCGUCCCUCUCUAUCAGGACUUUGAGAACUUCUACACCAGAAACCUGUACAUGAGGAUCCGAGACAACUGGAACCGGCCCAUCUGUAGCGUCCCGGGGGCCCGAAUGGACCUGGUGGAGCGGGUCACCCACGACUACAACUGGACCUUUGAACACACAGGCAAGGUGAUUAAGGACGUCAUCAACAUGGGCUCCUAUAACUACCUGGGCUUUGCUGAGAACAUUGGCCCGUGUGCUGAUGCAGCCACUGAGGCUACCCUGCAGUACGGAGUGGGAGUCAACAGCACCAGGCAUGAGAUGGGAAACCUGGACAAACACGAGGAGUUGGAGAACCUGGUUGCCAGAUUCCUGGGCGUUGAGGCUUCCAUGACUUUUGGGAUGGGCUUCGCCACAAACUCUAUGAACAUUCCUGCUUUGACAGGCAAAGGUUGUCUGAUUUUGAGUGAUGAGUUGAACCAUGCCUCUCUGGUGCUCGGGGCGAGGCUGUCUGGAUCCACUAUUCGCGUCUUCAAACACAACAAUAUGCAGAGUCUGGAGAAACUCCUGCGAGAUGCCGUAGUGCACGGCCAACCCCGAACACACCGACCCUGGAAAAAGAUUCUCAUUCUGGUAGAGGGAAUUUACAGCAUGGAGGGCUCGGCUGUGCGUCUGCCCGAGGUGAUUGCACUGAAGAAGAAGUACAAGGCCUAUCUCUACCUGGAUGAGGCCCACAGCAUCGGGGCACUAGGACCCAGGGGCAGAGGCGUGGUGGACUACUUCGGUUUAGACCCACGGGACGUAGACAUCAUGAUGGGGACCUUCACUAAGAGCUUUGGGGCAGCAGGUGGCUACAUUGGUGGCAAAAAGGAGCUGAUUGACUACCUGCGCACACACUCACACAGCGCUGUCUACGCCACCUCCAUAUCGCCACCAGUCGCCCAACAGAUCAUCACUUCUAUGAAGUGCAUUAUGGGAGAAGAUGGCACUAAUCUUGGUCGGGACCGUCUCCGACAGCUCUCGGAGAACACGACGUAUUUCCGGCGGCGACUGCAGGAGUUGGGCUUCAUCAUCUACGGAAAUGAAGACUCCCCAGUGGUGCCCCUGAUGCUCUACAUGCCUGCCAAGAUCGGAGCGUUUGGGCGGGAGAUGCUAAAGAGGAACAUUGGCACAGUGGUGGUGGGUUUCCCAGCGACCCCCAUCAUCGAGUCGCGGGCACGUUUCUGUGUCUCAGCCGCUCACACCAGAGAGAUGCUCGAUACGGCAUUAAACGCCAUCAGCGAAGUCGGGGAUCUGCUCCAGUUGAAAUACUCACGACACGGGAGGCCAUCACCUCUCGAGGAGGCCGCGCCGUUCCUGGAGAGCCACGAGUGACGGCAGCCGCCGCAGCAACAACACAACAACAACAACAACAACAACAACAACGACGAGGCGAGACACGACCAUCCACCACUAAGCCCUCAGCGUCGUAGUUGUCCUCCCCUCCAUUUUUUGGUGUCUUGUCCUUUCUUUGUGUUUAUAUGUUGUAUGUGUCACAAACUUGUUACUUUUAUCUUUUGUGUUGGGCAGGUUGUGUUGGAUGAGUGUCUCACAUCUGUCACAUCAGAGAUUGUGUCUAUUUUUUAUUUUUUUUUUGCUGUUGUAUGACUGGAAAGAAAUGUAUAUCAUUAUGAUCACAAGAGAAUUUUCAAAAGGAGAUUCUCAAGAUUGUUAGCAACACUAUAACAUGUCUGAGAGGAGAGCUUGUACAUUUUAUGAUAUCUAGUCCUUGGUGUUCAAAUUGUAUUCCCGCCACAUUUCACGAGUACCACUUCAAUUUUCAAUUCAAAGAGAUUUGUUUGUCAUGAUGGGCAUCAUGACAUUAAUCGAGUAGUCAUGAACCUUGAGCAUGAAUCGCGAAUGUUACAGGCCUCAAAUGCCCUCAACGGCAUAAACUUUUUUAUAUUAUCAUUAUUUUUUACUAUGUAAACAUUGCUUUCAUUCCAUCAAAGCAUCCACCAUCUCGGUCUUAACUUGAAACCUUUGUUUUGGAAUUUCCUCUCUUACUGUAGAUGUUUACUCUUUGGCAUUGACCUUGAACUUGCGAUUGCCUUCUACUACUUGACCUUGUUGCCGUGGCAACCCCAGCGCAGGUGUGUCUUUCUGGGAUUCCUGUCUGACAGAGCAUAGAGUAAUGACAGGCAUCCCUCUUAUCACAGAGCUGAAAGCGUACAGAUUGCAAUGAGGAAAGUGGAAUUCGUCUUAUACAUUUUAUAUAGUCUUAAUGCCGCCUUUAACAGAAAAGAAAAGAACUUUUGCACUCUUCAAAUGAUGAUAAAGCUGUGUAUGAGAUAUUCGUCAGCUCUGCAGAGAUUGAUAUCUUAGACUUCACUGAUUAUUUUUUACUUUGACCUGCAGUCCUUUGCAGUCCUCCCUGAAGUAGUUGUUAGGAAGCGUUGAUGCCAAGAUGACGCGCUCCCCUCUGAACAAAUGACGAUACUGCAUGUGCGAGAUGCUUGUCUGACGUACAGAGAACCCUUUAAUUUAUUGACUGAGGUUUUGAGUUGUCGUUUGUCACUCUGUUGCCUCUUUCUGACACACUUGUUCUUAAUUGCCCAGAGGCGGCUCUGAAGGUUUGCGUUAGCGGUGCGCGUACUACUGAUGAGCGUUUGGACAUGCGUAGAUGAUGUAGUCACUGAAGCGACUAGUUUCAGUGUCACUGUGGACCUUAAUGCUACUGUGCUGUUAUUAUUUUCUACAGAAUACCAAAGGGCAUUCCAGAAUCUUUUACUUGUUUUGUUGUCUUUGUCUCUUUUUUUUUUACAUGAAAUUUCAAUAUUCACUGUUUCCAGAAGUAAACUGGUCAGUCAUUUCUGCCAAUCAGACUGAUAUGGCUGAAGUUAAAUGUUUGUUUUGUCUCCAUAACUGUGAUUUAAUUUGUUCAAUGUGACCUCAUUAAAUACCAUUUGUACCAAAAUGACAAAUAAAUUAAAAGAAUAUUUAAAGUCUUAAAUACAAA